GGGCUGGUGGGGCUUGCGGCCUGCCGCCGGGCGUGCAUCCCACGCGUGGAGUUUCUCCUCUAGGAAACGUUGACAUCUGAACUGUUUCGUGUUAUUAAAACUGUGCUUUACGCGAGACAGGAGUGGGUGCGUCUUUGUGUAUCGUUACUGUGUAGCAAAGGCUUGCAGGGCUGGUGCAGCAUAAAGCUUCUGGGGCCGGCCUGCCAGCACACCGGUGCGGGAUGGAUGUUACGCACCCGCUGGAGCUGUUCCCUGGCUGCAGCGUGACUCUCCUUCUCUUUAACCACGUGAAAAAUGCCCCUGCCCUAAGAAAAAAAGCCAUGGAAGGAUCCAUUGAAGGAGCAUUAAUAAACCCGACGAUGAUUGUAGAUCCUUUUCAGAUUCUUGUGGCAGCCAACAAAGCAGUUCAUCUACACAAGAUGGGUAAAAUGAAGACCAGGACUCUCAAUGCAGAAAUUAUUUUCAGCCUUUCACCAAACAACAAUAUAUCAGAUGCAUUUAAAAAGUUUGGCAUUUCAGACAGUGACACAGCUGUGCUGAUUGUUCUUGUUGUGGACAGAGAAAAACCUGUAAAUCUGGAAGAUAUAGCAUCUCAGGUAGAAGGUCAACAGGUUUCUCUGGAUGAACUCCCCCAGCUGACAGAUACUGCCAAAGUUAAAAAGAUGUACAAAAUUACUCCGCAGGAAGAAAAAAUUGGCACCUUAUUGGAUAGUAUUGUUUGCAGAAUGUCAACAAAAGAUUUUUUAUGAAAAUCUGGAAAUAAAGUUUGUUUUUUUAAGGAAAAA